UGAUUUUUAUUUCCUUGUAGUAUUUUUACAAAGCGCUAUAUUUUGAUUGUGUUGUCUGCCAUUUUCUUCUCUAAUUGUUUCUUCUCCUGCUGCCUGCGAUUUUCUUCAUCAAAUUGCUGCUUCUUCCUCCAUUCCACCAUUGAUGAAGUUACUGCUUUUGACAUGGUCGAUUCUUCCUCCAUGGUUCAAUCUCUAAAGUUCUAAAUUUUGGGUUUCCAGCUCAUAGGAGGAAAGUGGAACCUUAGUUGGGUGAAGUUUGUAACUUUUGGUCGUGCAGUGACGCUUACAGGUGCACAUUUUUUGCAUUUGGUUGUACAAUGUCAGUACCUAAUGAAGAUACUACUUUAUCUCACUCUCAGCUUUCAGCACAAUUAUUCGGUGACCUCUUGGAUUCAAUUAUUGUUGAUGUUGCAUCAGAAUGUCACCGGAUAGCAAGGCUUGGUCUUGAUCGGAGUUUGGAAGAGGAGGAAGAAGAAUUGAAGUUGUCAUUACAAGCCAGGGCCAAGGUUGCUGAUUCAAGUAACGACGGUGAAACAAGUGGCAAACAUGUGGUUGACAUAUUUGGACAAAAUCAUCCUUCUGUAGCAAAUGACAUAUUUGACUGCAUGAACUGCGGAAGGUCAAUAACAGCUGGACGUUUUGCCCCACAUUUGGAAAAAUGCAUGGGAAAGGGUAGAAAAGCACGUCUUAAAGUAACGAGAAGUAGCACAGCUGCACAAAACCGGUACUCCCGAAGCAGUCCUGUUUCCACGUAUUCCCCGUAUUCAAAUCCAACAUCUAUGAACCGGCCAACAAAUGAAUCACUCGGUCUUGCAGGUGAUGAGUUCCUCAAUGGAACUGCUGAAGACUCUUAAGGUGUAUGCAAUAGCUUGGUGUGCAAGAUUGCAUCAGAUACGAUAGAUCAGGGUUCCUAGUCUGUAAAUUCGUAAGCUGAUAUUUUUUCCUCAUAGUAAAACUGCAGGUUUUCUCCUUCCUGGCAUGUUCUUGCAGAUUUGCGCUAUUGUACUAGACCAACUCCUGAUUGGACCGUAAAGCUUUUUGACGUUAAAUUGAUGCAAUAAAAGUAGCAAAUAAUCUCUUUACUUUUAUGAAAAAACUUGUUAUGGGAAAAAACUAAUAUUUUACUCUGAGGCUUUAACAACGGAGUGGCUUAAAAUGCACAAAGUGACUAAAGUUAACCAAAACAUGACAAUGUGAAACUAAAAAUACGAGUUUGUGUCCUAGUCUCCUAAAUGCAACCUCUUGCAGGAAUGCAGGGUAAGGCGUGCCUAAAUUACCACUCUGCAAUAUCGUCCGGUUAUAACACAACUGUAUAGUGA